GUCAUCAGACACUCCCUUAAUACAACUUGCCGCCUGCACCGACAAAUAUGGCCACAUCAUCAGGAAAUGCUGGCUGGGCCCAGCUACGCCAACAGGCACGAUCAUUAGAGAAUCAGACGGAGAGCUUGUUUCAUACCUACUCCCAAUUCUCUGCUGCUGCGAAUAUUCCGGCCAAACCAACACCGGAAGAGCGUGAUGUAGAAGCAAAGCUAGAGGAGGUGCUAGAUAAGCGCGACAACGUCAUUGGCCAGCUCGCUCGACUCCUCGAUUCGGAAGCGUCACUCAACACAUCGGCGCUCAAACAGAACAACUUAUCCCUGCUCCGAGAGAAGCUCUCAUCUCACCGACGCGACCUCACCCGGCUCAGAUCCACAGUUCAGCAAGCUCGCAACCGUGCCAAUCUUUUGACCAACGUCCAAUCUGACAUUGACGAGUAUCGGGCGAACAACCCAGAAGCUGCCGAGGCUGAUUAUAUGCUGGACGAACGCAAUCGCAUCGACCGAAGCCACGAUGUGACAGACAGCGUCCUUAGCCAAGCAUAUGCCAUUAAUGACAGCUUCGGUGUGCAGAGGGAGACUCUGGCGAACAUCAAUCGAAGGAUCACCAUGGCGGCGAGCAAGGUACCGGGCAUCAACUCAAUAAUUGGGCGCAUAACAUCGAGGAAGAGGAGAGAUGGGAUCAUCAUGGGGACAUUUAUCGCGCUGUGCUUCAUCGUCUUUUUCUGGUUGAGAUGAAAAGGGGAACCAUAAUAAUAUUCACCGGUUCCGCAUAUAUCAUUGGCGUUAAAGGGGGGUAUCAGCGGUUUUUGUCUAUUUUUGUCUAUUUGUACAACAUGGCAGGAUCCAUAGCACUACUUCUUGCUCUUCAUCCAACUAUACAGGCACAGAAACUUGAAGAAGAGAUGCCGAAUUUCUACAACACACUCUUGGCUGUUUCCAGAUGCGGCUUACCGGGCAGUUUCUCUCUCGCUGCAGCGGGUAGCAAUGCUUCCUUCUUGAUAUCAUCCACCAGCUUUAGCAGGCCUUUAUUCAGACCCUCCAAUUCGUCUGGGUGGCUAGUUCCGCUGCCCGCCCAGCGUAUUCUGCAG